GGUGUUUUCUCUCUAUGCACUGUUAAUCUUUGACAGAGUUGGCCCUUGCACAGAGGUUUAAGUGUGCUCGAGUCCAUUCUGUCGGGGAAUUUCCAAUUGUAGAAACCUGCAGAAGAAAGUUGAACACUAUGAUUGCAUCGAGUUUUAGAGACUGCAAGGCUUGGAGAUCAGAAGGUCUCCCAUUGUCCACCUCUAGCAAUGAGGCAUGUAAGAUGUAUGAUGCCAUACUUACCCAGUAUGUGACAUGGCGAAAUGAUGAGACUCUGGGAGGAGUUGAGGGCUGCAUGUCUGCUGUCAUGGCUGCCGACCCUGACUUUGUGAUGGGUCAUGUGAUCACCACGGGGCUGGAGCUGGUGGGCACGGGGAAGUCCGUCCGUCUGGACGAGGGCCUGGCGGCGGCCGUGAGGAGGACGGUGGAGCUGGCCCGUUCCCAGGACGUCACCCCCAGGGAGCGGCUUCACGUCAGGGCCAUGGAGCUCUUCUCCAAGGGGAGUUUCCCCAAGGCGUGUGAUGUGUGGGAGGAGAUCCUGGUGGAGCAUCCAACUGACCUGCUGGCCCUCAAGUUUGCCCACGAUGGCUUCUUCUACCUGGGGGCCCAGACCCAGAUGAGAGACUCUGUGGCCAGGGUGCUGCCCCACUGGAAACCUCACAUGCCCCUGUACAGCUACCUUAAAGGACUGUACUCCUUUGGGCUCCUGGAGACGCACUUCUACGACCAGGCUGAGAAGAUGGCCAAAGAGGGCCUGGCGAUGACUCCGGAGGACGCCUGGUGCGUCCACUCGGUGGCCCACGUCCAUGAGAUGAAGGCGGAGGUGGACAAGGGCCUCAAGUUCAUGGAGAGCACCGAGAAGGACUGGGAGGUAUGUGACAUGCUGGCCUGUCACAAUUACUGGCACUGGGCACUGUACUAUAUCGAGAAGGGGGAGUACGAGGCGGCGCUGAGAAUAUUUGAUAGCCAGGUGUCCAGGCGAGGUUCUGCCUCUGGGGCCAUGCUAGACACGGUGGAUGCCUGCUCUCUGCUCUACAGACUGGAGAUGGAGGGUGUAUGCGUGAAGGACCGGUGGCGGGAGUUGCACCAGCGCAUACUGCCCCACACAGAUGACCAUGUGCUGCUGUUCAACGACCUCCACUUCCUCAUGGCGUCUCUGGGCUCCAAAGAGACAAACGCGCCCCACAGACUGGUGGAGGGCCUCAGGGAUCUGGCCAGAGCCCCGGAAGAGAACUGGCAGCACCAGCUGGCAGGGGGCCUGGGUGUGCCCAUGUGCCAGGCUGUGCUGGAGUACGACCAGGGGAACUUCAGCCGCACCGUGGACCUGCUGCUGCCCUUGCGCUACCGCGCCCAGCAGAUAGGGGGCAGCGACGCGCAGGUGUUUACUGGUGGAGCGUGACGCAGCCAGACCUAACUCCCCACUCACUGACCGCCUUAUCCAGAGAGCCCACGCCCUGCAUGUCUGAGCAAGGCUGGGUCUAAGGGAGGUGGGUCAUAGGCUGUAACCAGGGGGCUUAAGGCUCGUCACCACAGCUCCGUGCUGGGGAGAAAGGUUCCAGAGCUGCUGUGGGAUUUUUUCCGAAUAAGUCUCUUAUCUAACCUAACAGUUGAUGCCAGAAUCCGUUAACAGGGAUUUCUUUCGAAAUGUUUGUUGUAAACAUACAAUCACUUUGUUCUUGAGAUUAAAGACAAUUCUUGUUUGUAAUGUAAAUCUUUCAUAUCCAUAAAUGUCCCUUGGUUUGC